AUGCGACAUCAAAUUCGAAUUCCAGCGACAGCAUGAUUAUGACUACAAGUCAUGCCGUGACAACCUUCGCUACUUGGAUUGCUAGAUUAUGGCUCUCUCAAAAAGAGACCUAAUCCUCUCCGGCUUCGCAUGCUUUGUCGGUUGGGGAUACGUCGUUAACUGGGCUCCCGCGCUACGAUGGUCAGGUUACGCCUAUUGCAGCGGCAUUGCUUCGACCUUGCUCGCCAUCCUUUUGGUCAUUCUCCUUACUUCCAGGGGCUCACGAAUCGCUCUCAAUCAUCGGUCUCCCCGCCCGAAUGGUGCCAUCUUCCAUGACCCGACGGCAUGGGCAGCCGAUUGCGCUAGCCUACAAGUUCGACAAUCGUAUUCAAAGACAUCGCUAUACGCCAGCCUGCCGAACGUCUCCAGCGCCCUUGACGACCUCCUUGGACUUAUUAUGCGCGACUUCGUCUCUUCUUGGUACUCCCACAUUAGCAAGAACCCCACCUUCUCAGACGAAGUCGAUAAGGCCGUCCGUAUUGCUCUCGGCAAUCUUCGAAACCGGCUGUUGGAGCUCGACCUCGCCGAAAUAGUCACCAGCAGGCUUGUUCCCGUAAUGACGAUACACUUCAAAGAUUUCUGCGAUGCGGAACACUCGGUUCGAGGGAAGAAACUCAACCGCUCUGUAACGGAGUCUGAAGAGCUGGAUCUUGCCAUAGCGUCCAAGUAUCGAGAGGGCAAGCUACAUGCCGCAGCCUCUCUGUCUUUUCCCGAUACGAAGCUUGUGCAGCAAGACUACUUGCGGAAGACUGUUGCCCGCAUUCUUCCCAGUUUGUUGCCACCGAAUCUACUCGCCAGCCGCGCCGUGUCCAUCAUAAUCCGCGAAAUUGUGGCUUGUGCGAUCCUCUUCCCAGUGCUACAACUACUUGCGGAACCUGAUACGUGGAAUCAAAUCAUGGAGAACUACGGGAGGUCAAUGCUCCAGGACCGCUCAACCGUGCGAAAAUUGAGGGCAGCUCUGGACCAACAUGCUUCCCCAGCACCUAAGCCGGGCAAAGCUGCGAUCAUACCCCGCCUUGUCCCUGGUGAUAGCGAACGCAAGUUCGAAAAAUUUAUCCGCGCAAUCCGGAAAGUCAGUAACCUCUCCGACGCUCGGCGCCUUCGAAGUGAAAUUGCCAGUCUUUACAAGCGGGACUCGUCACAGGAGAGCCAAGACCAGGUCUAUCUUCGUCGCCUGGACAUGGGAAAACGCCUACUUGAUCAAAAGGUACAGCUCCUUGCCGUCGGCGGAGAUCAUAAAGCUGCAGCGCCUGCUACAUCGAUGAAUACCCCGACACCGAGAACAUCCAAGCUGGAGAAUGCAACGCUCGUUGAUCUCUUGCGCGACUCGUCCGGGUUGUCGUACUUCAUGGAAUUCAUGGACAGGCACCAUGUUUUGCCCCUGGUGCAGUUCUGGCUCGUUGUCGACGGCUUCCGCAACCCGUUAGAGGAAGAGGAAGCCAACGAUGAGCAGAUGCCGUCGCAACUUCCCAUGUGGAGCGACUCUGAUCGACUUGACCUCGCUCAGAUCGAGCAGGCAUACAUGGCCAAUCCUCAGCUCAACAUAUCGCAAGCUGCCAGGAGUGAGGUGCGAGCUUUCUUGAGUGCCGGUAAAGCUGCGACGCCGGAACAGUAUUACAAGGCUAGGCGGGCCAUACUUGGGGCGCAGUCCGCUGUAUUGGAAAAUAUGCAGGGGCGGUAUUUCCAAAACUUCAAAAAAUCAGAUCUGUUCUACAAAUGUCUAGCCUCGCAGGAGGCUUCAGCACUGCAGCUCCCUAUGUCACAACCUUCACACACGCCAUCAUCUCACGAACCCUCAGUCGCCGGACCAGCACAUCCGCCGACACAUAGAGCUUCACAAUCAUAUCAGAACAAGCCCAAGUCUGCCACACGACCAACUCCUCGACUCGCACAUCUGCAGCCCAAGCGUGGCGGCUCCGUGACAGAUUUGAGGUCCAUGGAGAGCAGUGGCACUGGCAUUGAUCAUCUUGCGAAUUCACGGCAAUCCCUAGACGAGGAGCCCUCCAAUCGAUUAUUCGACGACGAGGAACUCGAUGUCGACGGCAUGAUAGACUCUGUGCAGAGCUUAGACCAGGACAUCGACCGACAUGUGCCAGACACAACUGUGGUUCAAGCUAUGGAAGAAGCACUGAAUAAUAUUAUGGAGGACGGCGAUCGACCCAAAACGGCCGAGGAAUUCAGAGCUUCUCUAUUCGGACCGGAGGAGAUGCGGCCAGCUAGUCUCUUUUCAGGUGAUAACGAUUCGACACGGGGCUCGGUGGAUGCUAUGAAAACUAUGGCAGCCGCAAAAGAUGGCGAAAGACCAAGUCUGUCGUCGCUGGGCCUCGUCAGCGCUGCGUCGCGCAUUGGUGUCUUCGUGGACGACGAUCUAUUUGGUGACGAGGACAGGUACAUCCCUGAGGAGCAAGAUGAUCUAGCCGACGAAUCACGAGCGGAUGAAGAUGACGAAGUACACGAGGCUGCUCCUGGCGACCUGGGCUUAGCAGAAGCCAUCGCAGCAUUGUCUAAUGACAUUGAGCGUCUAGCCGCCCAGGAUGCCAUCGUGGAUUCUCUUACUCGAAAAGCAGAACUGACAAACAACACAGCCGAGCUUCGCAUUUUGAGAAAGUCUAAAGCGAGCUUGCAACGAGAAAUGCGGCGCAAGGAGCUCCAGAGGCAGCAGUACGUGGUACAAGAAAGCGACAACAGCUUAUAUGGGCGGUCUACAGUCAGGAUCAAGUCUAUCCAAGUGGGACGAGAAGAUGACGGAAGAGAAUUCGCCUUGUACGUGAUCGAAGUGCAGAGAAACGCUGGCGAGAAGAUGCCGGCAGCUACGUGGAUGGUUACAAGACGGUACAGUGAGUUCCACGAGCUUCACCAGAAGCUUCGUUCAAGCGUACCGUCUGUCAGAAAUCUCGAUUUCCCUCGACGACGGGUCAUGAUGAAGUUCCAAAGCGAGUUCCUUCGUAAGCGGCGAGCUGCUCUGGAAGUCUAUCUACGUGAACUUCUUCAGUUGCCAGAGUCCUUGACCAGCUAUCGGUGGCUGGGCAGAACCUCAUCGCGGCAGCCACCAGCCAGCUCAACACCAUGCCCUUGAGUGUAGCCGAGAACGGCAUCAGCGCGGCCGAGGCUGAGGCUGAACUGAACGCUUUUGAGAACAAGGAGUUAGAGCCCUUCAUCAAACCAAUCUGCGACAUCUUUCUGGAGGUAUUCGAGCUGAACAGGGGCAACAACUGGCUUCGCGGCCGGGCUGUCGUUGUGGUGUUGCAGCAGCUCCCUGGGAGGCACGAUUGAAAGGAAGGUAAGAGACAACGUCAAGUCACUCGUUCAGGAGGAAGCCAUACUCCGUUACAUCGGACUGGUGCGCGACAGCCUGUGGCCCGACGGACAGGCACGGAAAGAGCGAAAGGCCAGGACUGCAUCUGAGAAGAAGAAAAGUCGCACAGAGGCUAGCUUGAUGCUGGCAACGCUCGUCCCUGAUGUUGCCGGCAGUGUAGUAGGAAGGGCGAACGCCCAGGCUGCAAGCAGACGGAUAUUCGCGACCCUCAACAAUUCCAGGCUCAACGCUCAUCUUGCCUUCACUCUGAUGGACGAGUUUAUAGAUAUAUUGUUUGAGUGACACAAUGUUUGUGCGAGGCAGGGUUGUGCUCCGAGGCUUUGAAGGAUGGGAAUCAUUGCAUACAUAGAAGAUUGAGAAUUUUAACCAGAGGCGUCUGGAU